AUGUGUUAAAUAUUCGUGAGUGCUGGUACACGUAGCGUUCUUCACUCAGUCGUGUCACGUGGUACAGCAGCAAGAGCCACAAUGUACACUAUGAGCAGUGAAUCGGAGAAGUUUCUUCAACUUCUUGACGAGUUCCCCUGUAUGCUGACCAUCAAAAAUGUCAACAUUCGCAAAACUCGACACAAAGAACUGGAUAAAAAACUUGAAGAUGAGUUGAAGGAUGAUGACGACAACGAUGACGAGACAAUAAUGAAGUACAACUUUUACACGUGGCUGAAGAUAGAAAUGGUAGAUGAUACGAGCGCCAGGGAACACAACGAAACUGUUUUUCAGUUGACCAAAGGCAGAAACGUUACCACUUUAUUUUUCAGAAUCAAACUUUAUUUGAAGAACGGGAAAAACAAAGAAGCCAGCACAAUUAUCAGUGAUAUCGAAAACCUUAAAAAGGGGCAGAACGUUGAGCUCAUAAAAUCAGAAUGUCAGUCAGAACAGGCCUACGCCUACAGUCGUCUGGGUGGUCCGGACAAUCUUCCUCGGGCGAUUCGUUUAUUUUCAGGAGUAGUUGACAAACAUCCCGAGAAGUUUUUGUGGAAGUUUAUCUUAGGGUUGGCCUACAGGAGAGCUAUACACAUGGAGAUGUCCCCGUCGAUACAGCCUAUGGUGAAGACAAAAGCGGACAGCCUCAGACAGGCUGUUCUAUUUCUUUUUCAGGUUGGCCAAGAGGCAGAAAAUAACGUGCUCAGGGCUCGCGCUUACGCAGAACUGGCCGUUUCCUACGGUGAAGCCCAGAGACUUUGUCCCACUGAUGUGCACCAUCUGUUUCAAGGCAUGCGUGUUUCAGAUAUUAUAAACAAAGCCAUUGAACUUGCUCCAAGACACGCUAAAGUACUUAGCGAAUGCGGAAGAACGCUGAUGUUGGAAGAUUUAGACAGAGCGAUUGAUUUAUUAGAGAAAUCUGUUCAAAUAAGGAAACACUCAGUGUCUUUUCAUCAUCUAGGCUUGUGCUAUGAACGUAAGGCUUCUGAAACCUCUCUGUUUGACCAAUCGACAACCAGAGUCACACCAGCGGACAGCCACAUCAGAGCACAACAUCCUCCAUUGGAUGCAAAUAACGAUAUCGUGAAUAAAGCGAUAAACAGUUUAAUAAACGCCAUUGAUAUUUCCAUGGGCAGUAACUAUCCGGCCAUUAGUACACUCGGGUGUUUGUACAGGAAGUGUGGGCAGUACGAAGAGGCAAUACAGCAGUUUAACAGAAUCACCAACUCCACAGAGAACGCAGAUACCAAUGUGGACUAUCUAUAUUCUGUCAUCUCUGCUUAUGAAAACGCUGGUUUCUGCUACAUUAAAUUAUGUCAAGACAACAAAGCAGAAAACUGCCUGCUAAGAGCUGUCAGCACUGCCGCGGAACUAGCGACUAGAGACCCGGAUGUGGCCAGGUACUCUUCUGAUGUCUGGCAAGCCAUGAAAACGCUGGAAUCUGACUACGAGCAAGAGAAUUCUCCAAAAUCUAUUAAAAAGUUGAUUGAACUAUUCUCUACCAUGCGCCAAUAUGAACGAGUGCCACCAGCCAUUGAAAAGCUAAGAGCCUUAAGUGAAGAGGGGCUAAGCGAUCCUGCUGUUGUCAAGGCAAGGGUGGAGAGCUUGCUCGCCUUAAGACAAUACGAAUCUGCUUUUUUUGUUAUUACUUUCCUACACUUAAAAAAAGAUUUUGACUCUAAGUCAAGUGGUUUAAAUUUAAGUGAAUUAGAAACCAAAGUCCUUUUGCACACAGCUGCUAGCAGGCUUCAAGAAGGAAACAGAAAACCGGAAGUGAUGAUUUACUACGACGAUUCGAUCGAUGCAGAAAAGAAUAUCAGUCGUGCCACGAAAGAUGCAAAACUUCUAAAGAGAUUGAUUAAUGACGUAUAUGGCGUCAAAACUGCACUUAACCUGCAGGGCUGCCAAGAUUUUGGAGAACAUUAUGAGAUUCUGAUAAACGAAUUGUGCGCCACAAAGCUGGUCAUUAUUCUACUCGAUGAGGAGUCGGCUGGCGGUAACGGCUUAUUUCAGAAAGUUUUGAUAGAUUUUACCCUCCGCCUGCACGAACGUCGGGAGCCUGUGCCAAAAGUGAAAGUCUUGUCAAGACAAGCAGACUGUCUACACAAAACGCCAUCUUUGGCAAGUUACCCGACAUUACCGCUGGGCGAUCUCAUGGAGAAUAUAAACAAUUAUCUACAUCGUCUAGAUCUAGAAACUUCUGGGUUACCCAACGGCACGGAUGACCUAUCACAAGAUGUUCGCGCCAUUUUAACUCUGUUUUGUUGGAUUGUUGAACAGAAAUGUCCGAUUGAAUUUUAA